CUCGAGUGAAGACGGGUUUGCCGAAUUAAACAGCCGAACACGGCUUUUUAGAAUUAAAAAAAAAAAAGUUCUCCCCUUUCUUUACACACUUUCUCUUCCUCAUGCAACACCAUAGAAAAGAAAUGGCGGCAUCUUCUAGAAGAUCGAGCGGACCGGUUCUCGGAUCCCUCACCCCAUCGGGCCGCUUCAAUUCUCACUACGCUUCACAGUCUCCAUCUUCUUCUUCUUCAGCUUUCGCUUAUUCGAGUUCAAGCUUUAGUUCACGCUCCUCAACUUUCUUUAAUCAACACAGAUCUAUCUCUCCGCCACGUGUCAAUCUUUACAAUCACUCUUCAUCCGCGCCGUCUGUGCGAUUCUCGCUUGAUAACCGUCCGAUCUCGCCUAACCGUUCGAUUACCACCGUCCGUCGAAACACCGAGGUGUUGAAGAAUUUACAGAGCAAACAACCGAAGCGGACUUGCAUGUGUUCUCCUACGACGCAUCCUGGAUCGUUCCGUUGCAGUCUUCAUAAGAGUUGCAAUAAUUCGCACUCGGAGACAAGUUACGCGCCUAGUAAUCGGCUCAACGCCCGUAGAUCUGCGAUGACGAACUCGUUGGUCAGAAUUGGAGGAGUCGAAGGAGAUCUGGUUAAGAGAGCUUUGUCUGCUUUGAUUAGACCUUCCUCUCACCAGCAGCGUCGCCGCGCAGCUUUUCAGCCGAGACCGAGCCGGCUCUCUAUGAUGUCAAAAGCUGAGGAUUUAUGAAGAUUCCUUUUGCGGUAUGUCUAAUCUUUUAACGCUCAUUGGUUAAGUCUCCGAGAUUUUCCGGUGGUUAGAGAUUGAGCUUCCGGGUAACGCCGCAGACGGUGCCGCUGAAGUUAGAUUCAGGCGAAGAGGUUGGAGAUCUGGACGAAGGAUUCGAGACGGAUAUGAUUUUUAGUGUACUCCGGGUGACCGAAACCGUAAAAUCCAAGGAACAAAUUAUCAUUUACUUUGUUGGUGUAAAUACACACAUAUUUGCAGCCAAUGGCAAAUUUGAGGAGCUUUUGGACAAAGAAAACUCUUAAGAUUUCUUAAAGAAUACUAACCUAAUCUAAUCUAAUCUAAUCUAAUCUAAUCUAAUCUAAUAUAAUCAAACUAAAUCUAAUCUAAAAAUCCUAGGCCAGAUCUCAGCUCUGCUUGGUUUCAGUUUGUUUCUUCCAUUUGGUUUGGUCUCCAAACACCAUUCCAUUCCAGCGCAGUUCUUUUUCUUUUCCAUGAUCCGUUUGGUUUGGCGUUUUCCGUUUCUCAUUUCAUCGGUUUCUCUUCUUCUGUUUGUUCUUCUUCCCCUUAGACUCGUACCACUCAUCAUUUUCGUAUUAGACAUGGGCAAGUUGUGUGCGGAAUUUACAUACCUUGAUGAUUUUACAUAGACAGAGGCAAGGGAGAAUUAAAGUGAAUUAGACCUUGAAGAUAAGGUUGGCGUUGGAGGAGAACAUGAAAUGAAAUUGGACCCUCGGAACUUGAGGGAAAAUGUUGCUAAAAAUGUUAAAAUCAUAGUAAGGGGCGCGAAGGAGAAACGAUAAUAAUUUGAUUAAAGAAGAAAAGAAAACAGAAAUUUCAACAUUGAUUAAAAUGAAAGAAACCUAUCAAUCGGGGAGUUGAGAAAACUUAUUUCAUGAAAUAAUAAUAAAGGAAACUUAAAAAUUUCACUUGCAUUCAAAAUUAUUAGCAACAAGAAGAAUUGGUUCACGCCCACAGGAACUAAUUGCCGUCGUCU